GCUGUGUCCAAGUCCACCCCUGCACCUGCGCGCCUGCAGAACUCCCCCAUCUCCGGGACCAGAAACGCACGCGAAGCGAGCGACCGAGCUGUGGGUGGGCUCGACACCGGCCGUCACGAUGGCGGUCGCCGCCUGGCCUCUCUCCGCCGUCGCCGGCCUCCUCCCCGCCUCCCUCUCGCUGACCAUCCUCCUCGCCACCCUCGUGGCCGUCGCGGUGCUGGGCGCCGCCGCCGUAUUCUUCGAGCACAUCCGCAAGAUCGGGUGCAUGCACUCGCUGGAGAGGACUGCCAUCUCGGAUGCCUUCUUCGAGGACCCCAACUCGCUCAACAAGGUUCCCUGCCCGUCAAUUUUUGAUCCUCCUGCGAAGUACAUUUCGUUGAUAGUUCCUGCCUACAAUGAGGAGCAUCGACUUCCCGAGGCUCUUACAGAAACACUCAAUUACCUGAAACAACGUUCAGCUGCCGAUAAAUCCUUUUCAUAUGAGGUCUUGAUUGUUGACGACGGAAGUACCGACCGCACCUCUAAAGUUGCCUUCAAUUAUGUGAAGCAACAUAAGAUUGACAAUGUUAGAGUUCUUCUACUUGGAAGAAAUCAUGGGAAAGGUGAAGCAGUCAGAAAAGGGAUGCUGCAUUCGCGUGGUGAACUAUUACUCAUGCUUGAUGCUGAUGGGGCAACUAAAGUGACUGAUUUGGAAAAGCUUGAAGCUCAGGUUCAUGCAUUGGCUAAGAAAAUUAAGUCCAGUCCAGGAGCAUCUGCUAGUUCAUCUCAGAAACUGUCUGAGGUUGAAAUUGCUGUUUUUGGUUCCCGUGCUCAUCUGGAGAAGCAGGCUCUUGCGACAAGGAAAUGGUAUCGAAACUUUCUUAUGAAAGGUUUCCACUUGAUAGUUUUGUUGACUGCUGGUCCUGGGAUCAGAGAUACACAGUGUGGCUUCAAGAUGUUCACACGAGCUGCAGCAAAGAAACUCUUUACAAAUAUUAGAUUGAAGAGGUGGUGUUUUGAUGUUGAGCUUGUAUACCUGUGCAAGCACCUCAAGAUCCCAAUGGUAGAAGUAUCUGUUAAUUGGACUGAAAUACCUGGAUCCAAAGUGCGCAUGACAAGCAUCAUGCACAUGGUAUUUGAGCUCCUGCUCAUCAAAGUAGGCUAUGGACUGGGCAUAUGGAAAAUCUACUCAUAGACCCUGACAUCCUGUGUUGACAAGUUUUCUGCAGUUUAGUUCAUCACUGUAGCUUAUACCAAACUUAGUGUGUCACCCGCAAAUCCAUUUGAAGGGAUACUGUUUUUUUAAUAUAUAUUUUCACCUGGAGAGAAUCCAUUCCUCGUGUAUCUUAGUGGCCCAACCCAUCAUAGAGAGAUUGUCAGAUAUUCGAGCUGAUAAAUUCUCUUAUCCUUGCUACUUGUUAUACAAGAAUUCAAAAUGC